CACAGGCUAUUUAUAGAGUUCAUUAGACUAGAAAGUCUCUCUCUCCUUUUCUUUCCCUGGACGUGGUUGUUCCUUCUGGAUCUCUCUUCUGCUGAAAGUUCUGGAGAAGCUUCACUGCCUCUUCAUAAGUACCAGAGACAAACACAGUCGGUCCUGAGAUCGAGUGAGAGACAAAAAAAAGAAAAAAAAGACAGCGUGAAUAUCCAACAGGUUAUCAUGGCUCUGCUGUGUUAUAACAGAGGCUGCGGAGGGCGAUUUGAUGCUGACAAAAACUCAGAUGAUGCCUGUCAGUAUCACCCUGGUGUGCCAAUCUUCCAUGAUGCCCUAAAGGGCUGGUCCUGCUGUAAAAAGAGGACGACAGAUUUCUCAGAGUUCUUGUCAAUCAAGGGCUGCACUCGUGGGCGCCAUAGUAACGAGAAGCCUCAGGAGCCACUGCAGCCGGAGGUGACGUCUGAUAAGGGAGACAGGAAGCAGCACAGCGGAGAGGAAAUUAUCUACCAGGGACCCAAAUCAGCAGAAGCCCUGGAAAAAGAGAGACCCAGUUCAGAUGAGCCCAUGGCUAAGCUGCGGGUGAAGGUCUCUUCCUCUCUGGCACAGAUUGUGGAGAAAAUGGAGAUCACUGAGAGGGAGAAGAGAGAGAAGCUAGAGAGUAAAAUUGUUGUGGUCGGGGUUAAGUGCAAAAAUGCAGGAUGCAAAACAUUUUACCAGGGUCCAGAGACUGACGCAGAGAUCUGCACAUAUCACCCCGGAGUACCAGUCUUCCACGAAGGAUACAAAUAUUGGAAUUGCUGUUGCAUAAAGACCACUGAUUUUAAUGACUUCUUGGAUCAGAAGGGCUGUACUGCAGGCAAACACUGCUGGAUACUCAAACAGGACAAAAAGAAGGUGGCAUGUCGACAUGACUGGCACCAGACAGGAAACCAGGUUGUGGUCACAAUCUAUGCCAAGAACUCCAGCCCAGAGCAUUCCUACAUAGAGGCAAACCACACAGUGUUAACCUGCCACAUUCAGUUUGAGGGUGACAAAGUGUUUCACAAGGACAUCCAUUUAUGGGGGGUGAUUGACAUAAACAACAGCUUUGUGAACAUGGUGCCCUCUAAAGUUGAGGUGACCUUGCGGAAGGCUGAUGCUGUAGCCUGGGGCAAACUGGAGGACCCCAAACACAAACCUGAGCCAGAGGUCACCAAUGAGCCGAACAACCCAGAACAGGAGUACGUCAAACCUAACUGGGACAUCUCAGAUGAUGACAUCAGCGAGUCGGACUGGGAAGAUGAGGAGGAGGAGGAGAAAGAGAGAGAGGAAAAGACAGAGAAGAAAGAAGAAAAAACAGAAGGUGAUGGUCCUCCUGAGCUAGAAGAGCCUGCGGAUGUCAACCCAGAAAAAUAGUUUAUUGUCCAGAUAGUUAUGGAAAUGUAAUUUAUGUAUUGUUUACAAUUAUACAUGGUAUUUUUUUUUAUGAAUAUGGAGCUGAUACUUAGGUGUAUCUAGAAUUUUUUUGUUUCUCAGACCCUGCUACCUUUGUCGUCUGCUGAAAGUAAUGUCAUUGUGAGUUCACAUUUUUAAAAAAAAGUCUUAAAAUGUUGGCCUCCAGUUUUGCACAUUACUCCAUAAAGGAUAAGUAUUUAAAGACCUUUCAUCCUAAAUUAUUUCAAUCAGUGCAAGAUGCAGAUUUAGAAAUGACAAAGCAUUAACAAUCCUAUUGACCUUGAAAAUUGACCUUUUGACUCUAGAUGUACGAAAUAUUAAUAAAUAAUUAUAAUCCAAAACAUAUUAAACUAGUCUCAUUUGCUACAAAUAUUUCAGAUGUUGUUUGGGUGUGUGAAGGUUCAUAUGUGAGCAUACACUUUUCUGUACAGUAUCAGGGUCAUGUUUGACCAGUUAAUCAGCAGGAGAUAAACUGUACACUUAAAACAUGCAGAGAGUUGUAACAAUCAGUGAGAUGAUUAUCAUGAUAAAAAACUGAAACACAGAUCAAACAGCAAUGGCCACACUUUAUUUUUUUAAGUCAACAGCAACAAUCCUGAAGUAGUGGCGUUUGCAGUCAGAAAAAGGGUCCAGGGCCAUGAAAGCUUAACUGCAAACCAUAUGGCAAAAAUAUUUAAAAUAAUUAAAAAAGAUAAAUAAUACAUUUCAAAAGUAAACAGUAGUCUUAAAAUGAAGAGAACUGGGUACCAGCAAAAAGAGGUCAAUCUCUUCUGUUUUGGUUCUUUUUCUGUUUCAAGAAAAAUUAAAAAAUAAAUGUUCUGUUCAUAAAAGCAUUGCCUUCCGCUUGUACCUGAUUUACACAGUCACAAUCAAUGUCCUGAUAAGUGGUGAUGAUAAAAUGAGUUUUUCUGCCCAAAAGCAAAUGUAAAUCAAAAUUGAAUAGCACACGGCAACAAUUCAUCACUGAUGAGGAACUUUCAACACAUGCAAAAAGGAAAAAAAAAAUAUAAAUAAAAAAUACAGUCCAGUUUUUAGGGAGACUGUCGGCAACUAGACUGUCCAUCAAACUUUCAUAUUAACACCACAAUUGAUUUUUUUUUUUUUUUUUUUUUUUUUUUU